AACUCCGUGCACUGCGCUCCCGGGGCUUUGGAGAGGGCGGAGCGGGCGGCUUUGGGCACUCGGAGCCAGGCACUCCUGACGCAGCGCAGGCGAGCGCACACAGGAGCCGGGAGAGGCGAGAGAAGAACGAGGACAACGCGAUGGAAACCGUCAAGGCAGAGCAGCCCGACAGCAUGCCUCAGGAUUUGUCAGAGGUCCUGAAAGAAGCCACAAAGGAGGUUCACACCCAGGCUGAGAAUGUGGAAUUCCUGAAGAAUUUCCAGAAGGGGCAGGUGCCCCUGGAAGGCUUCAAGAUGGUGAUGUCUUCUCUGUAUCACAUCUACUUGGCCUUGGAAGAUGAGCUGGAGCAGAACAAGACCCACCCUGCCCUCGCCCCCGUCUACUUCCCUGAAGAGUUGAACCGCACGCCUGCCCUGGAGCAGGACAUGGAGUUCUGGUACGGCCGCCAGUGGAGAAAAGAGAUCCCUUACACGGCAGCCACAGAGAAGUACGUGAAUCGGCUUCGUGACCUGGGCCGCACUGAGCCCGAGCUGCUGGUGGCCCACGCCUACACACGUUACCUGGGGGACCUCUCUGGGGGUCAGAUCCUUAAGAAGAUUGCCCAGAAGUCUCUGGGGCUCCCCAGCACAGGGGAAGGGGUGGCCUUCUUCAGUUUCCCGGCCAUUGCCAGCGCCACCAAAUUCAAGCAGCUUUACCGUUCCCGAAUGAACGCCAUUGAGAUGAGCCCAGCCACCAAGAAGAAGGUGGUGGAGGAGGCACAGACGUCCUUCCUCCUGAACAUCCAGAUGUUUGAGGAGCUGCAGGAGUUGUUACCCAAAAACCAGGAGAAUGGGAACGUUUCGGGGAAGCAGGAGCUUCGAAAAAGGGCCGGUGACAAAGGACAAGGCUGGACUUUCACAGAGACUCCUGCCCAGAAGCCCCAACAAAGUCUCCUCUCCCACUCGCCCCUCCUCCGUUGGAUCCUCACCCUCUCCAUCGUCGCCACUGUCGCUGUGGGGUUCUAUGCCAUGUGAAGGAAACAGAAAAGACACUUCGGGGCGAGCUACCAUGGCCUCCCUACCGAGCCUGCAGACUGCUUCCAGUCCACGACAAUUCACUCAGGCCUUUGUGGGUCAGGCUCCCCUUCAGUGGAAAAGAUGGAGGAGAGCCCCACACUGACCCAAAGCACCCUGGCCUGAGGGACUUGCACUCUUCAGGGGGUCCUCAGGGGCCGCCCACAAAUGUAGCACUCUCUCCCAGCUCCUACCAAGAACUUCCCAGAGAGACCGAACUUGUAUCCCUGAAAAAUGACCUCCUGAACCCGGCUCCUGGGCUCCCCGUGCUUCCCCGUUGGACCCAGGAGCGGUCACUUCCCCUUUGUCCUCUAGACCGGUUUAUGCUUCUGCAUUUCAGAAUGUUGUGUCUUGUUAGCAGCCAGUUUUCUGUGAGAUUUUGUUUGGUCCCGUUUUCACAAUGUUUGGGUUUUGUUUUGUUUUAUUUUGUUUUCCCCAGGGUCAGGGGAGGGGUUUUGCCUCAUUUUGUUGGGGGUGUGUUUGUAUGUGUGUCUACGCGUGUGUGUGUUUGAAUAACACGGUUCCACUGUCAAUGCUUUCAAUAAACAGUGUUGUCUUAACUUCGAA